AUGGUUUCCUCAAUGACGGAAGAGCAAAUCCAGACCAGAAUCGAUCAGCUGGCCGAGAAACCGGUCGAGCUAUUAGUGCGCGGAAUUUUCGACGUCAUCUGGAAGGCCACCACCGAGGCCAAGGAGCACGACGUCGAGCUGGAGGAGCUGAUCAUCUUUAUGCUCCAAUCGAUGUCGUAUUGCUUGAGGAGUGAAUACCUGUCGUUGCCGCUACUUUCUGCGACUGUACGAUCGAUGGCACUCCUCUCCGACCUCUUCGACGACUCGACGUCCUACCUCCUGCUAUACGAGCAGAUGAGGAACAUCUACAAUAGUCGAAUCCUGCAACACCACCCCGACUUUGGCUACGUCAUCUACUCGAUUCUGAAGGCAGUGACGGUGCUCGGAGUCGAACCUCUCGAAUCGAAGCUGAGCGAGCUCGACUUUGGGAAGCACUUACUAGGCUUUGUGGAGAUGGGAUUGACAUCGCAUUAUGCGGUAGUACGGGAACACACCCUCCACGGCGUCCUGUACUUCUUGCAGUCGAUGGCAGGCGAGUCGAUGCGUCCGAUCAUUCAGUACGUAUCGACGUUUUUGAUCGACGAAAUCACGAAGCAACUCGCGAUCACUGAUCCAGUGUUGAUAAAUAGCUCCCCCUCUUCCAUCAACUAUUCAACCGUCAUCUGGGCAACGGCCUUCAGAAUCAUGGAAGAACCGGUCCAAGGGAACUUCAAGCAAUCCUUAAAUCAGAAGCUCUGCGAAGCACUCUUGGUCGCAAAUCUACCGCACUGGACCCUCGAGCUAAUCACUGCCGGAAUCGAGACCCUCAUCUUUCAUUCAACCGCCUUUUCGGAACAGUUUGCAGCUGUGGCUAGAGAAAGCUUCCAAGAUUACCACUUCCACACGGGAAAGUUUCCAUAUGCCCUGCGGAUCUUUGUGGAUUGUAUUUUCCGAGAGGAAGCCGAUCCGUCUCGAAACAGCGCCCACAAAUUCCAGCCGCUGCUGCAAACUGCUAUCGGAUUAAUACAUCGUUGCUACCCUGCCGACGCCUUGCUUCUUGCCAAGGUCUUCCCACCCAUCCUCCGACGACUUUAUAAAGAUCACAAAGCCCUUGAAAUCAUCCUUGACAUGCUGUUCCCCGACCAGAAAAUUCACCUCCCCGAGAAUGCGCAUGCCGUCUUUGUUAUCAUUUUUGAGUUCUUCGAGUCGCUCCGUGAAAAUCAACGUCUGGCUUCUUGCCUUCAACUUUCAUCGAUCAUCGUGAAGCGCUUAAGCGAGAUCUUGAUCGUGGAAUCUGAAAAAACAGCCGCUACGUCCAUCCUCUUGACGGCAGCGCAUGGAGAUUCGGAAGUGGCUUCUCGGUUUCACUUACUUCUCGAGAUGUACGAACGGGAGCCGAUGGACUGGUCGUUUUACCAUGAUUGGAUUUUGCAGAAAACUGCUGAAAUGCUAGUGUCCGAGGGGAUCGCCCUCUGCGUCCCGUUGCCGGAGCCUCACUACUACCUCAACUACAACGACGACAACGACAACUGCUACAACGCCUACUACCACUACGACCAGCCCCACGACGACGACAACUACCAGCACCACAACCACGACAAGUUCGACUACUACGACGACAACGACGACAUCGACUACUACGACGACCACUACCACAACGACUUCAACGACGACGACGACGACGACAGCAACUACGACAACAACAACGACAACGACAACGGCAACGACAACAAUGACGACGACGACAACAACUACAACUACGACAACGUCUACAACGACAGCAACAACAACCACGACUCCGGAAGCAAC